AUGCCAGGAGACCAGAGUGUUUCACAGGCGACUAAACCAUCCUUGAAACCACAGCGUCGGCAAAAUACUAGUUGUGACCGGUGCAGACGUUCAAAGCGGCGCUGUGUUGUGCCAAGCAGUUCAGAAGGAGUGUCUGGAACGAUAUGCAUAAACUGCGAACGUCUGAGACACCAUUGUACAUUCGAGUUCGCGAAGCGUCAUCCCAGCUCCCCGGCCAAUAAAAGACGAACACAGAAAAGUGCGGAGGCCGCGGAAGGACCUGAGCAUGAUAAAUCGAAUAUUUUUGACGGGCUGCUCGAAGGGCUUCCCGACAGCCCGGAAAACCAAUUCAGUGCAUCUUCUGUGGCUGAUCAGGAUAUCCUAGCGGCGUGGUUGAACUUCGAUCAUGAACGAAUUCCAGAUGACCACUUCGCAUCGUUAUCAAACAAUUACGAGGCAUCUACUCCUCUCGCGCCAGCACGAUGCGAUACUCCAGCUACGACAGAGACUCAACCCAAUAACCAAAUUUCACAUUCAUCCAAUCGAAUGAACACAGAUCAAUAUGCACCUGCUGUUCCGUUAUCAUUCAGAAGUCCAAUCUACCUGUUGAAUACCGGAAUAGAUGCAAAGAUACUUGGUGAUAGACUCACUCGGAUCUACGACGCAAUCUCAACAGCCAGUUCAUGUAGUUUCCUCGACUAUGAUUGCAAUCUAUAUGCAACUGGAAAUCGUUACCGAAUAAGAGAAAGCAAAUCUGGAAGCUCAACGGAGUCGCCACCUGCGAUAUCGACCAUUAGUCCACAUAAUACAUCAAACAACAGACUCCCUCAAUAUGCUUCUUCAAAACCGACAAAUGAGGAAAUUAUCCACGAGAUCUCCCUUCUAGGGAGCGUUCGAUUCUUGGAUCAUUUCAGUCACCUUUAUGGCAACCGGCUGGACUCCAACGCACGGAGAAAAUCUGAUGCAGCCUUAAAGGCAGUUCUCCUUGCAUUUUCGAUGCAAUGGUUACCGGCGGCUGAUGGAACGGGCAAUAUUGUCACGCAGUCUUCGGAUUCCAGAAAAACAGAAUCUGACUCGACUUUAAAUGCCUUUACUGAUGCUUGGCUUCGAGCCCGAGCACUCCUAGAGGAUGCUCGCCAUGUGAAGUCAUUUCGUGUCAUUAUCGCAACACUGACCUUUGUCGGCAUUGUGUUGCCAACAAAAGUGAAAGAGAUGGAGGAUGUCGUGCCUUAUGAUUUCCUUGAUUCGGCUCUGCAGAAGCUUUGCUACUUGGAUGGACUUGUUACGCAAUACCGCGAGCACCUAGGUCCAUCUUCUACAUAUAGUGCUCUUUUAGAAGCAAGUCUGAACCUUAUUCGCUGGACUGGCUACAUCCGUGACACAGGAGCGGCACUGGCCACGGACCGGCAAUGCAGGAUUCCCGAGCUUUGGGGCUUUGAAAAAGUCGCUUUAAACAAGGAGUCUAUGUCGGGUUGGUCUGUCUAUCAAAACAUUCUAGCAUUUGAUGGCCAUGUCCAGGGCAUAUGUCUGAAGGCCAGUGCAGAGACAUUCUGUGUCUGGAGGAAGAUAAUAAACAUCAAGUCUUGUACGAGAAAGUCAACUAAUUCUUCGCCUGGGCAUCAACAAUCGAUUGUCGAAGCCAUACAUUCUAGUGUGGCAGCCAUCGACCAGUUGAAUGCGUCGUUUCAACCAUUCAUAGCCCAUUCUAUCAGCAAUUUUCUAUAUCUUUCCACCUGUCCUAGGAUCUCUAUUGUUUCUCUUGUGAUGUUCUGGAACCUGGGUAUCUUCUUACUAAACGACGUCUUCAAAAACGCCUCCAAGUACCUCAAUGCUUCCGACGAGAAACAACUCACCCCUAUAAUCCGGAAAUACCAACAGGACGCAGCAUUAUGUGUCACAUCAACGGUUGAAUGCGUGCUCAACCUCCCCUGGAAGAGGCCUUCAAUCUUCAAAAUGGCCUAGGUGCAGAAGUUCCGAUCACGGCCUAUCAUGUCACCCCAAGUAUAGCUGUGACAGCCCUUCAAAAGGCCAUUGAGGGUGUUAUCCAACUGCAACUUCGUUCAACUCACGACGCUGAUCUCUUUGAGGGAGAUUGUCGCAUGCCCAUGCCUGAUGGGACCUGGG